CAAUCCAUCAGCUAUCUGACGCGAACAGAAAGCGACAGUUCGAAUCGUCCGAUUCAUUCUAAAGUGGCAGAAUGUGCCACUGCUUAUGCGGAAACGUCACCAAAAUCGACGAUUAAAUGGAAUAGAACACUCACAAUCAAAUAUGCAGUUUGGUUUUGAAUAGCUAACCUUUUUGACCAUGAAGUUGGUUCAUAAAGACAUCGAGAAGGAUAAUGCCGGUCAGGUGACACUAAUACCUGAGGAAGCAGAGGAUAUGUGGCACACCUACAACCUGCUGCAGGUGGGCGACAGCCUCAGAGCCUCAACCAUCAGGAAAGUGCAGACAGAGUCCUCCACAGGCAGUGUGGGCAGUUCACGUGUGCGCACCACACUGACUUUAUGUGUGGAGACGAUAGACUUUGAUUCCCAGGCCUGUCAGCUCAGAGUCAAAGGAACAAACAUCCAGGAGAACCAGUAUGUGAAGAUGGGUGCCUAUCAUACCAUUGAACUGGAGCUCAACAGAAACUUCACUCUUGCCAAAAAAGUCUGGGACAGCGUGGUGUUGGACAGAAUUGAGCAGGCAUGUGACCCCGCUCAGAAAGCAGAUGUGGCUGCUGUUGUGAUGCAGGAAGGUCUGGCCAAUCUGGUUCUCGUGACUCCAGCCAUGACCUUACUAAGGGCAAAGGUUGAGGUCACCAUCCCCCGCAAGAGGAAAGGCAGUUGUGCUCAACAUGACAAGGCAUUGGAGAGAUUUUAUGAGGCUGUCAUGCAGGGCAUUCUUAGACACUUCAAUUUUGAUGUGGUGAAGUGUAUUCUGGUGGCCAGUCCUGGAUUUGUGAAAGAUCAGUUCAUCUCAUACCUGUUUAAAGAGGCUGUGAGGCAAGACUGCAAAAUUCUCCUGGAGAACAGAUCCAAAUUCAUGGUGGUGCACUCCUCAUCUGGACACAAGUAUUCACUUAAAGAAGUGCUGUGUGAUCCAGCAGUCACCGCCCGAUUGUCUGACACCAAGGCAGCUGGAGAGGUUAAGGCUUUGGAAGACUUUUACAAGAUGCUUCAACAGGAGCCUGAUCGAGCUUUCUAUGGGUGA